UCCUCCGGAGCCACGGUGUCCUGGGGCGCGCGGGGGGCGUGGCCUGGGACUCCCCCAGAGGGGAGGGCGCCGUCUGUCCUUGGGCAGAGAGGGGAGGUGACUCCGGCCGAAGACGAGGACGCAGGAUGAGGGCCCUGCGGGUCUCCCAAGCGCUGGUCCGCUCCUUUAGCUCAACCGCCCGGAACCGCUUCGAGAACCGAGUAGCUGAGAAACAGAAGCUCUUCCAGGAGGACAAUGGCCUCCCGGUGCACUUGAAGGGCGGUGCAACAGACAACAUCCUGUAUCGAGUGACGAUGACUCUGUGUCUGGGGGGCACUCUCUACAGCCUGUACUGCCUUGGCUGGGCCUCCUUCCCUCACAAGAAGUGAAACCAAGAAGUCUGCAGGACCCGAACAGGCAUCAAUAAAUGUGCUGGUUUCCUGGGGAACCCAGCCCAGCUCCAUGCUCCCUA